CCCACGCGCGGUGGCCUCCGGCUCCCUGCAAACACUCCCCCCUCCCCAACUGUGGUGCCAGGGAGCACCUACUCCUUAAGGACAACCCGAUGCCUUCAGCGGCUGCACAACCUCCCCAGGCUCAACCUGGGUGGCAACUCGUGGCGCCUAUCUGGUUUGCUGCUCUACCUGGAUUGCAACAGUAUCGCCUUCGUGGAGGAGGGCGUCUUCCACCUCUUGGGCCCCCUCGUUCUGCACCUCAAUGGCAACCACCUAUGUCGCCAAUGUGCCUCCCUGGGCUCUGUGGCAGGAAUCUGCCAGGUGGCCUUUGGGCUCUCACCCAUCCAGCCAGGCCUGUCCUCAGAGCCAGCGGUCACCACUGUGAGCGGGUUCAGCUGCCUCUUCUUCAAGCUGCUGCCCGAGGCCCCGGUGGAGGAGGCGGCCAACACCACCUUGGGGCCGGUCAAUACCUCCACAGCCUUCCCUCGUGGAGUGGAAGCCUCGGCAACAACGCCGUUUCUCCUUGACUCUAGUCUCCUGUUCAGCGUGGCCCAGCACAUGGUGUUUGUCCUGUGA